GUUCCGGGAUACGAGCAACCUACGCAAGAUUCAACCAUGGAUCUUGUGCUGAACGUUGCCGACUACUACGUCCUCACCCCUUACGUCUACCCUGCAUCGUGGCCUGAGGACGGGGCCCUGCGGCAGAUUAUCAGCCUGUUGGUACUGACCAACCUCGGUGCUGCAGUCCUGUACCUGGGCCUGGGAGCCGCCAGCUAUUACUUCAUCUUUGACCACAAUCUGAUGAAACACCCACACUUCUUAGAGAAUCAGGUUCAGAGGGAGAUCAAAUAUGCAAUGACCUCUCUUCCCUGGAUCAGCAUUCCCACGGUGGCUUUGUUUUUCGCUGAAGUUAGAGGAUACAGCAGACUGUAUGACAGUGUCAACGAUUCUCCACUGGGUUGGCCUGGGCUCUUCCUGAGCAUGAUCUCCUUCCUGUUUUUCACUGACAUGUGCAUCUACUGGAUUCAUCGCUUCCUGCAUCAUAAGCUUAUUUACAAGCUGUUUCACAAACCACACCACUUAUGGAAGAUCCCCACUCCCUUCGCGAGCCACGCCUUCCAUCCAGUAGACGGCUUCAUGCAGGGGCUCCCGUAUCACAUCUACCCCUUCCUUUUCCCCCUCCACAAGGUGCUCUACCUGGCCCUAUACAUUUUUGUCAACAUCUGGACCAUCUCUAUCCACGACGGCGACUACCGUGUCCCCGGCGCUCUGACAAGUGUCAUCAAUGGCUCAGCUCACCACACUGACCACCACCUCUUCUUUGACUACAAUUACGGCCAAUACUUCACACUGUGGGACCGCCUGGGAGGUUCCUACAGGCACCCGUCGGCUCUGAUGGGGAAGGGUCCCCACGACCUGAUCCGGAAACUUAAAGCAGAGGGAAAGUUGGGAGACGACAAAGUGAAGGCUAAUGGGCAUGUGAACGGACAUGCUCAGAGAGGAGUCACAUGUAAGGAGGAGUAACAGUAGGGGGAAAUUACAAUUAACUGGUGAAAGUGAUCAGCAUUUUUGUAAAGACAACGUGCUGCACCCGUACUCAGCUGGAAAACAUAUUUGGGGAAUAAUUUGAGUGAGUGUACUUGCCAAAUGAGCCUUUGUGAGAUUUUGAAUUCUAGUGGAUAAAGUGCCUCUAAGAUGGCUGCCCCUGAAUUGAUAUUGUUAGAGGCAAGCUUUGGGACGCGACAUUCUCUGACCUACCAGUCACACCAACAGGCCACAAGGACAGAUCUGACACCCAGAGUCGGCGUAAUUAUCUUGCAAUUCUUGUAAUCAAAGAGAGCGAUAAAGUGGCUUUGUAUAUACACCACAGAGGAGUUUAGUGCACACAACAGAGCUGACAGACUUGAGGAGCAUCGAAAGUCUGGAGCUACAGGAGCUGCUACGCAGUCAGUGACAAGACAGUAACUGUGAACUGGAGUUUGACUUCACGAUUAAGGAUCGACUUUGACAAGAAAUUUGAUUUAAUAAGUUGUAACUUAAGCUGUGUCGCUCACAUUAAAGCAGAAACAAAGACUGGCCUAACUCAGUAGACCAAACUUUGUGCAAGCAUCUUCCAACAACACUAACUUAGUAUGAUGAGUUUCUUGGUUCUUUGGUUUCAGCUGUUAGAGUUGUUCAUACAGACUGAUACUGAGUAAAAGAACGAGAUCAUAAUUAUAGAUGAUCUUGAUUUUAUAUUUUAAAUUCUUAUCUGUAUAUUGUCAGUGACAGCUCAGAUGCUCAGUUGUACACUGGGUGAAUUUGGAUGCAAACAAUGUAAGAUCACAUUUUUCGGUUUCAUAUUAAUUACGUUCUGUCUGUUGAUGUGAUUGCAUCAUCAUUAUUAUGAGAAUAAAGCACCUUUCCCCCUUUAUUGCUGAUACAAAGUAGAAAUGUUUUGGGUUUUUUUAGUUAUAAACAAAAAUAUAAUAAAUAAAGACAAAAAUGUAAUGGAUUCCAAAAGUUUUAUUUUGUGGUUUGGAAAUAAUAGUUUGACCAAAAAACUGACCAAAUCAAUUUAUCAGCUUUUUCAGUUUUCAGCCACAUCUCAUGGUCUUCAUUAGCAUAUGGAGUUUGAUCAGAUGUCACGAUUUCACAUCUGUGUUGGCUUAAAGUGGCACAGAUCCGUCUCUGUGACAACUGAGCAAGCUCCGUGUGCUAAUGAAGCCUUUAAGAACAUGGCUGAGAGCUCUGGACAGUGUUAGAUAGUGAACC